AUGAGGAAAAGAAUAAGAACUGGAAUUUGUUAUCUGACUCUGCAUGUUAAUUAUUCUCCACUAAGCAAUGCAGUUCAGAGGUGUCUCCUGAAGCUCUCCCUAACAGCACUUCUCAUCUCCUCCAUGCAGCUACUAGCAGAGGACUGGCCCUUUGGAGCUGAGAUGUGUAAGCUGGUGCCUUUCAUACAGAAGGCCUCUGUGGGGAUCACCGUGCUGAGUCUAUGUGCUCUAAGUAUUGACAGAUAUCGAGCUGUUGCUUCUUGGAGUCGAAUUAAAGGAAUUGGGGUUCCAAAAUGGACAGCAGUAGAAAUUGUUUUAAUUUGGGUGGUCUCGGUGGUUCUGGCAGUCCCUGAAGCUGUGGGUUUUGAUAUGAUUACCCUUGACUAUAAAGGAAGAUCUCUGCGAAUCUGCUUACUUCAUCCUACUCAGAAAACAGCUUUCAUGCAGUUUUACAAGUCGGCUAAAGAUUGGUGGCUAUUUAGUUUCUAUUUCUGCUUGCCCCUGGCCAUCACUGCAAUUUUUUAUACCUUGAUGACCUGUGAAAUGUUGAGAAAGAAGAGUGGCAUGCAGAUUGCUUUAAAUGACCACUUAAAGCAGAGACGGGAAGUGGCCAAAACAGUAUUUUGCCUCGUCCUUGUCUUUGCCCUCUGCUGGCUUCCCCUUCACCUCAGCAGGAUUUUGAAGCUCACUCUUUAUGAUCAGAAUGACUCCAACAGAUGUGAACUUUUGAGCUUUUUGUUGGUUUUGGACUACAUUGGCAUCAACAUGGCCUCCCUGAAUUCCUGUAUUAAUCCAAUAGCUUUGUAUCUGGUGAGCAAAAGAUUCAAAAAUUGUUUUAAGUCAUGUUUAUGCUGCUGGUGCCAGUCAUUUGAAGAAAAACAGUCUUUGGAGGAAAAGCAGUCGUGCCUAAAGUUCAAAGCUAACGAUCACGGAUAUGACAACUUCCGUUCCAGUAAUAAAUACAGCUCAUCUUAAAAGAAGGAAUAUUCCCUUAAUUUGAUUUUCUUUAUUUUGAACAUAAGUCAUUACAACAGUAUGGCAUUCACUGAAACAGCUGUGUGUUUGCAUAAAACAAUUUAAGAGUGAUUAUUUUCUCAAGACUCAUACGUGCCAUGUUAUGGGCUGAGGAGGAUGAGAUGAAAAGCAGUGAGAAGUAAGAAAGCUUCAGUAUGAAAGCACUUGAUUUGUGACUGUCAGCACUUCAAUGUAGCUCUUAAUAACUAAUACCAUGUAUUCAUACACCACUUUUGUUUAAAAUGAGCUCAUUCAAAUGUAUUUUUUAAAAUUAUCACAAAGGUUUAUUUUUAAUGUGAAUUUGAUAAAGGAAAAAUAUGUAACUGUAA